AGGUUUUACCCCACUUUCUCAAAUUUUCCUCUUCUCUUUUUUCUAUUGAUCAAAACCGUUUCAUUUCUCCCAUUCCGCAGAUUUUUUUAUUUUCUCAGAUGGAGAUUUGUAGUGGUACAAGAUCAUAAUUUGAUCAUAGUUGUGUAUGAAUCAGUGCUGUUAAACACAGAAUUCAUUGAGCAUCUGACUCGUGAGGAUUCAAGAUGUUGGGGGACUUCAUCAAUAGAUGUCUUAUGCUGCUUCUUGGAUAUGCAUACCCAGCAUUUGAAUGCUAUAAAGCUGUUGAAAAGAACAAAAUUGAGAUCGACGAACUCAGGUUCUGGUGUCAAUAUUGGAUUCUUGUGGCAUUUCUAUCAGUUUUUGAGAGGGUAGGCGACAUAUUCAUUUCUUGGUUGCCAAUGUAUGGCGAAAUGAAGCUGGCUCUUAUUAUCUACUUAUGGUAUCCAAAAACUAAGGGAACAGGUCAUGUGUACAAUACCUUCUUGCGACCUAUAGUGGCAAGGCAUGAGACAGACAUCGAACGGAAGAUACAGGAAUUGAAAGCCAAGGCAUGGGACUUUGUUCUUUACUAUUGGCAGAAUUUCGCUGAAGUGGGGCAAUCAAAAUUCUUUGAUAUUAUUCAGUACUUACUUUCUACCUCGGUGAAAUUAAGAGGCGGCGAACUGAGUGGAGAUCAACAGCAAUCAAAUGGGCAGCCGAGACCAGGGUCGGUUUCACUGUCGUCUGGACCUGGUAGCCAGUCAGGGAAGAACAAAAAAUGGCCUCCUACGGCCCCACCACCACCUGACAGCCCCACAACCAGCCAGGACUCCCCAACAUCCAGACUUGCACAAACCAAACCAAAAUUUGAAAAUAACGGGGAAACAGGCUCUACUGGUGAUACUGAUCACAACCAGGCUCGAUUCAGGCUCCGCCGCACCAAACCCGACAAUUGACAUUUACAAUACUUACAAAACCCAUACCAAGAAAAAGGAAAACGGGAGCACGAAAUCCAGUAUUCCCUUAAAAAAUCUGCAAUUCAUUUCAUUCUUUCCAUAGUUUGUAUCAUAACAUUCUGAUAUUCUUUGUUUCUAUGUAAGAAUUCUUCUUUAUAAAUAUCAAAUUGUACA